GCUUUAUUUGUCGCCUGCACUGCUUGUUUGCCCGGGACCUCCGGGCCGAGUAGCAUGACGUCCGCCUUAGAGAACUACAUCAACCGAACUGUUGCUGUUAUUACUUCUGAUGGGAGAAUGAUUGUGGGAACACUGAAAGGUUUUGACCAGACUAUUAAUUUGAUUUUGGAUGAAAGCCAUGAACGAGUAUUCAGCUCUUCACAGGGAGUAGAGCAAGUGGUAUUGGGGCUCUACAUUGUGAGAGGUGACAAUGUUGCAGUCAUUGGAGAAAUUGAUGAAGAGACAGAUUCUGCGCUUGACUUGGGGAAUAUUCGAGCAGAACCUCUAAACUCUGUAGCACACUGAGGAAAAACUACAUAUAUUGGACAUCUAAAUCUUGUACAGAAACCAGUUAUUCUGAGGAAGAUGUUUGGAAUUUUUAGGAAUGUGUAAUUGUGAAUUUUGACUUCAUAUCGAUUCACUGUAAUAUGUAAAUUAAAAUAUUUCUACAUUUUUAUUG